UAAUGAAUUUUUCUUUUUUUUUUUAUUUUUUCGUUCUCGAAACGGAAAGGGCGCUCAAAUAUUGUGUUAAGAGGUUUAGAAAUGGUGGAGGCAAUUGAGUUUGAAUCAAAAUUCCAAAGUCGAGAGACCAAAUCGAGACUUCAAGGCUCAUAAUGGGUUUCUAUCAACCAAUUGUCGAAUCAGUUAAAUCUAAAUGUUUGUCUGUCGCUUCAAGGAAUCACCGGAGUUUAGAUAAACCGAUUGAUUUGGAAAUUGAUUUUGAUGAUGAGGUGAAGUAUCUGAGGAAAUCAAUGAAAAGUCUCGGGAUUUGGCCGUUUCCUUAUCGCAGAAAGUGGAUUAUUCUCUGUAUUGUAUCGUUUUUAUUGUCAACUGUACUGCCUCUCACUACAAAAACGUACUUUACUGACUGGAAAAAUGAACGGUGCCCUCAGCUUUUGACAGUGAUUUUCAUGGAAUUCGUUACCACAAAAGUUCUUAUAUUCAAAAUACAUCGGCGUAAUGUCCAAGGCAUUUUUGAAUUCAUGAAAAGCGACUGGGAACGAGCGAAAUAUUUAACUCCCGAGAGGAAAAAUCUCAUGCUGGAAAGCGUUAAGCAAUCGCAAUUUAUUCUGAAAAUUCUUACUGUGGUGUUUGCCACUGCGUUCACUUUUACAGCAAUUCGUCCUUGGCUGACAUCGUACAUUCACCAAAAACCAAUAACAUUUUACGCUGAUGUGUGGCAUCCCUUCACCUUAUCCCCAAUAUCUGGAGUAAUAAUGAUUCUUGAAAUUACUACAUCCCUCUGGACUGUUGUAGCUUUCGUCUCCCUCGAGGCGUAUUUUAUCAUUCUUGCUAAACAUUGCUGUGCACAAUUAAAAAUUCUUGGAAGCACAAUUGAACAAUACAAGGGACGAACUCUCCACAAUAUUCCCGCUGAGCGAUACAAUUGCGCUUGCACUGGAUGCGUUGUAACGAGACAUGUCGAGAUAAUGCAAUUCUUUAAAUCAAUAAAAAAAUCAUUCAAUCUUUUUUUGUCGGCUAAUUUACUGGCUAUACAGACCUACGGAAUCGUGACAGUAAUCAUAUCCUUCCAGCAAACUGGAUCUACUAGUACAUUUUUCCUCACUAUCUGUGGGAUCUUCGCUAUUCUGGGAUUUUCGACAGAAUUUCUUUUUUGUGAUAUUGGUGACAAGUUGAGACAAGAGAGUCUCAAUCUGGGUGAUGCUGUCUUCAACUCUCAAUGGUACGACUUCAAAAGAACUGAUGCUAAAUCUUACUUGAUGACAAUGAUGAUUUCCAAGAAUAUGCCGAUGCAAUUAACCGCCGGGGCAUUUUUUACGGUGUCCCUCAAAUUAUUCAAAGAGUGUGUCUUCUUGGUGCUCUCGGUUUUCUCCUUGUUCCGAUCAAUCAACGAAAAAAAAAAUCGCGAACUCAUGGGCCUGUGA